UAGUAGAAAGACUAAACGUGGAACAUUUGUCAUUUUCCUAAAUAAGCACGUUUUCUUUCUUUCUUUUCCUCUGCAGCAUAGCACACUCGUUUAACCUCACUUCCUCGCCAAAUGACUAUCAGCAGCAGGAACAGCGCCCCGUUCCAGUGCGACGCAGGAAUUCGAAAUGAAGGUAGGAGAAACUCAACACUGAUUUGUGGAUCAACGACGGCAGAGACGGUGGAGGAAAUGGUGUUUGAGAUGGUGAAGGCAAAAGAAUUGGGUGCUGACUUAGUAGAGGCUCGGUUGGAUUUAUUGAAGGACUUCCACCUUACUCAACAUCUUCCGUUUCUAAUAAAAAACCGUCCUUUGCCCAUUUUAAUCAGCUAUAGACCAAUAUGGGAAGGAGGAAAGUACGAGGGCGAUGAAACCAAGCGACAAGAAGCUCUACGUCUAGCCAUUGAUUUGGAGUGUGAGUUUGUUGAAGUUGAGUUAAAGGUGGCCCAUGAGUUUUAUAAUGGCAUUGGAUGGAAGAAGGCAGAGAGUGUGAAGAUGGUUGUGUCUUCACACAACUUGAAAAAUACUCCGUCUGUGGAGGAAAUCGGUAACCUUGCUGCUACAAUUCAAGCUUCAGGGGCAGAUAUAGUGAAGAUUACUACAACUGCCUUAGACAUCACAGAUUCUGCACGUCUUCUCCAAGUCCUACUACACUCUCAAGUUCCAAUGAUAGGAAUUGCAGUUGGUGAGAAGGGGAUUUUGUCAAGGGUACUCUGCGCAAAAUUUGGAGGAUUUCUCACGUUUGGUUCAAUUGAGGAUGGUGCUGUAUCAGCUCCUGGGCAACCAACUAUCGAAGACUUGUUGGAUUUGUACAAUUUUAGACACAUUGGGGUUGACACUAAAGUACACGGUGUUAUAGGAAAUCCUAUCAGUCAUAGCAAAAGUCCUCAUCUUUAUAAUGCAGCUUUCAAGUCUAUGGGAUUUGAUGGAGUUUACUUGCCUUUCUUGGUCGAUAAUGUCUCAGAUUUUCUCAGCACUUACUCAUCUCUUGAUUUUGUUGGAUACAGUUACACGAUUCCUCACAAGGUGGAUGGACUUAGAUGUUGUGAUGAAGUCGAUCCUAUUGCUAAGGCAAUAGGAGCUAUUAGCUGCAUGAUUAGGAGGCCGAGUAAUGGAAAACUGAUAGGUUAUAAUAUGGAUUAUCUUGGGGCCAUUGCAGCUAUUGAGGAACGACUACAGGAUUCAAACGGACGAUCCAUGUCUGGUUCACCUUUAUAUGGUAAACUGUUUGUGGUCAUAGGAGCUGGUGGGGCAGGAAAGGCACUAGCUUUCGGUGGAAAACAAAAGGGUGCAAGAAUAGUUGUUGCUAAUCGUACAUAUUCCAAAGCCCAAGAACUAGCCAACAGAGUGGGAGGAAAGGCUAUUACUUUAUCUGAAUUAGAGAACUUCCACCCAGAACAAGGCAUGAUUCUCGCAAAUGCUACUUCUGUUGGAAUGGAACCAUAUAUUCACGAGUCACUCGUACCAAAGGAAGCCUUGAAACACUAUUCCUUGGUAUUUGAUGCCAUUUAUACACCAAAAUUGACAAGACUCCUUCUAGAAGCACGAGAAGUUGGUGCUGCCAUCGUCUAUGGUACAGAAAUGUUCAUCAAUCAAGCAUUCGUGCAGUUUGAAAGGUUCACAAGGUUGCCAGCUCCAAAGCAACUCAUGAGGGAUGUUCUGGCAAGAAAUACCUGAGAAUAAGAUAUAUCAAGAUAAGGUAUAUGGAAAGGACUUGUGAUCUGUUUUUAACCUUCACUCCCUCAAAUGCAUUAAUUUAGAUUCUUUUAUGAGUAUUAGUGCAUUUAAAGUAUUGUCUCUUUUAGAUAUUGUAACUUUUUCAUGAUUUUGUCUUUUAAGAAUGUAUCAAAUAAAGGUGAUGAUAUAUUUCAA